UCCACAGCGCAGGCGCUGCCGCAGCGAGCCCAGGGCCAAGAGAGUCACACCAGGAGGAGGAGGAGGAGGAUCGCGACCAGGAUCGGGGCGCUACUGCUGCUGCUGCUGGUUCGCUCGCCUCCCACCCACUCAGCUCCGAGCCGGCGAGCUCUCCUGCGGGGCGAAGCACCUCCACCCCGACCCUCGGCCUGCCUGCGCGCCCGCUUCCCUCCAGGAAAGCUGAUCCCACCCGCAAAGCCGGAAUCCGCGCCCGGCAAGGGAUCCUCGUCCUGAGUCUGCCCGGAUGGCGGUCCCCUUGACAGACAGCGAGAAAAGGAAGCAGAUCAGCGUGCGGGGCAUCGCCGGCUUGGGCGAUGUGGCCGAGAUUCGGAAGAGCUUCAACCGGCACCUCCAUUUCACCUUGGUCAAAGACAGGAACGUGGCCACCCCGCGCGACUAUUAUUUCGCCUUGGCGCACACCGUCCGCGAUCACCUGGUGGGCCGCUGGAUCCGGACCCAACAGUAUUACUACGAGAAAGACCCCAAGCGGAUUUAUUACCUGUCUCUGGAAUUCUACAUGGGCAGAACACUGCAGAACACCAUGGUCAACCUGGGGCUGCAAAAUGCCUGUGAUGAAGCCAUUUAUCAGCUUGGGCUGGACCUGGAAGAACUGGAGGAAAUUGAGGAAGAUGCCGGCCUUGGCAAUGGAGGCCUAGGGCGUCUGGCAGCUUGCUUUUUAGACUCAAUGGCGACCCUAGGACUGGCAGCUUACGGCUACGGAAUCCGCUACGAAUUUGGCAUUUUCAACCAAAAGAUCGUCAAUGGCUGGCAGGUGGAGGAAGCUGACGAUUGGCUGCGUUAUGGCAAUCCUUGGGAAAAAGCUCGUCCAGAAUACAUGCUGCCCGUACACUUCUAUGGUCGGGUGGAUCACACUCCAGAUGGUGUAAAAUGGGUCGACACUCAGGUUGUCCUUGCCAUGCCUUAUGAUACACCUGUUCCUGGCUACAAAAACAAUACCGUCAAUACCAUGAGAUUGUGGUCAGCCAAAGCACCCAACGAUUUCAAUCUUCAAGAAUUUAAUGUUGGUGAUUAUAUUGAAGCUGUGCUGGACAGAAACUUAGCUGAAAACAUCUCCAGAGUGCUGUAUCCAAAUGAUAAUUUCUUUGAAGGGAAAGAGCUUCGUCUGAAACAGGAGUACUUUGUAGUAGCCGCCACUCUCCAGGACAUCAUCCGGCGGUUCAAGUCUUCGAAAUUUGGGUGUCGUGACCCUGUGCGAACCUGCUUUGAAACCUUCCCUGAUAAGGUUUCCAUUCAAUUGAACGACACUCAUCCAGCACUCUCUAUUCCUGAGCUCAUGAGAAUCUUCAUUGAUAUCGAACACAUGGAUUGGGAUAAGGCCUGGGAUAUUACGAAACGAACAUGCGCGUACACCAACCACACAGUGCUGCCCGAAGCCCUGGAACGAUGGCCAGUCUAUAUGUUUGAAAAGCUUCUGCCGAGACACCUGGAGAUAAUUUAUUCUAUCAACCAAAAGCAUCUGGAUCAUGUGGCUACCAUUUUCCCUGGAGAUAUUGACCGCCUCCGAAGAAUGUCUGUGAUCGAAGAAGGAGACCCUAAAAGGAUUAAUAUGGCUCAUCUGUGUGUCAUCGGCUCUCAUGCAGUCAAUGGAGUAGCCAGGAUUCACUCAGAGAUUGUGAAGGCUUCAGUGUUCAAAGAUUUCUAUGAAUUAGAGCCAGAAAAGUUUCAGAACAAGACGAACGGCAUAACUCCUCGCCGAUGGCUCUUGUUGUGCAACCCGGGACUCUCAGAUGUCAUCGUGGAGAGAAUUGGGGAAGAUUUUCUAACCGAUCUAAGCCAACUGAAGAAGCUGCUAGAAUUUAUUGACGACGAGGCCUUUAUCAGAGAUGUAGCCAAAGUUAAACAGGAGAACAAGCAGAAGUUCUCAGCCUACCUGGAAGAACAGUACAAGGUGAAAAUUAAUUCUUCCUCUAUAUUUGAUGUGCAUGUCAAGAGAAUUCAUGAAUAUAAGAGGCAGCUCCUCAACUGUCUGCAUGUCAUCACACUCUACAACCGAAUCAGGAAAGACCCCAAAAAAUCCUGGGUGCCAAGAACAGUUAUGAUUGGAGGAAAGGCUGCUCCUGGCUACCACAUGGCAAAGAUGAUCAUCAAACUGAUCACAUCCAUUGGGGACGUUGUCAAUAAUGACCCAUACAUCGGAGACAGGUUGAAGGUCAUCUUUUUGGAGAACUACCGGGUGUCCCUUGCUGAGAAAGUGAUUCCGGCUGCAGAUCUCUCUGAACAGAUCUCCACGGCUGGAACGGAAGCUUCGGGGACAGGAAACAUGAAGUUCAUGCUGAACGGGGCCCUCACCAUUGGGACCAUGGAUGGGGCCAAUGUGGAAAUGGCAGAGGAAGCUGGAGAAGAUAACCUCUUCAUUUUUGGCAUGCGGGUGGAGGAUGUGGAGGCGAUGGACAGAAAAGGAUACAAUGCUAAGGAAUACUAUGAUAGGAUCCCCGAACUCAAACAAGCUAUUGAUCAAAUCGCUAGUGGCUUCUUCUCACCAAAUGAUCCUGGGUGCUUCCGAGAUGUUGUCAACAUGUUGAUGAACCAUGACAGGUUUAAGGUCUUUGCUGAUUAUGAAGAUUACAUCAAAUGCCAGGGGAAAGUGGACAAGCUGUACAUGAAUCCCAGAGAGUGGACUAGAAAGGUCAUCAGGAACAUUGCAUGUUCUGGCAAGUUUUCAAGUGACAGGACAAUUACGGAGUAUGCCAGAGAAAUCUGGGGAGUGGAGCCUUCUGCGGUGAAGAUCCCGCCACCCAAUAUACCCAGGGAGUGAAUCUGUCACAAGAGGUGCAUGCAAAUACCCGGGUGGGCUUGUCCAUGAAAGCCCUCCUGCUUCCCAACAAAUUUUCCACAGAUGAAUUCAAACAUGCAUUUUUACUAGUUCUUGGUUGUCUAUAAAGAUAUGGUAGUUACUGAAAAUGGGGACAUCUGGUGCUCGGGAUGAUGAGGAAAAUAAAACAGAGUUGCCCUAGAGCCGCCUUGGCCAUGAUAAGAUUCAAGAUCUAAAGCAAAGAGUUCAGCAAAGAAAUUGAGAUAAGACCAUUUUCUUUGUUAAAAUGCCUAUUUAAACAAUGCAUCUUACAUGCAUGCUCUGUAUUUUGAGGGCGUACCCGAUUUUCCAGCUGUUUUUCAUCCUCCAGGAGCCCCUUCUGUUUAAAGAAUCAGAAGAGGCCUGUGUCAACCAAACCAACAAUGGAAAGUCACAGGGGGCUUCCCUGAUUUCUUUUGUCGUCUAGAGAAGUCUGGCAGCAGCACUUUUCUGAUUCCGAAGCGUGCAUUUCCCCCGAAAAUGUGUGUUCCCUCAUUAGCAGAACCCUUGCUGACCUCAGAGGGUUCUAACUUAGCCUCAUUUCAAAGAGUCCAUUUGUAUGGAUUGGGGGAGGGGAGGAAUUCAAAUGCUCUUUUUUAUCUGAGAAUGUGGGCAUUAAGUAACAUGUUGAAGGUCCUUUGAGGUGUUGUUGGACUGCAUCUCCCAUCAGUCCUAGCCCACACAGUCAAAGAGGGAAGGUUAUGGGAGUUGUAGUCCAACAAGAUCUGGAGGGACACGUGUCCCUCCCCCCUGAUAUGAGAGUUCCUAUAUGGAGCAAUUUAUGAUAGCCUUUGGAGGUACAAGUGGCUAAUAGGACUCAGCCGUGCUGCCAACCCAGUGGCCUUCUUGCAUCAGUCCUGUUUCUAGGGAGCAAUCCCUACCUUAUUGAAAUGAAAGAAUAUCUAAUAUCCAAAUCUCUUGGGUUUUAAUUUCCAGCAUUAGUGCCUGUCUUUCUUCCAUCUUGUCCAGUGCUGGCAACCUUGGAUGCUGAAAAAAUUCAUAAAUUCAUCUCUAGGUGCCAAGGAAAUGGAUUGGCAAAGUGUACAGUCCCACCCAGUCUUAGAGGGUGGCCACUUGAUUUGCACUUUAACAAAAGGAUCUGAAAUGAAUGUAUGUUGCUAGAAGCAGCCAGGAUAGGGGGUUCAUUUUAAGUGCUGUUUCCACUUUUCAAAUUAUUAUUUUUUACAUAAAGAGGUAUAUCUAACUAGUAUACUACUUUAAGGAAGUGUAGGGACAUUCUCUGAUGUAUUCAUUGUCUUGCUUAUUUUCUUUCUCAUCAGACUAAUCCGGAUAAUCACUUGAUUCACAGAGGACCAAAGGUGAAAGUCUGUCUCUGUGUAGGGUGUGAGAGUCUAGAUAUAGCUGACCACUUUCUGAAUGAGUGGCUAGCACAGUCAGUAUUAACUAUUUCAACGGGAAGGAAUUUCUCAGUAAAGACAAAUACCUGGUCAAUGUCAUCAAAGCUGACCGCCAUGUCCACCUGCUGAGAUGUAAAGAUGCAGGGCCAGUAAACAUAGGAGAUGAAUGUGUACCCCUUGUCUAUUAAAUACCCUGAAAAUAUACCUGGGAUGUCACUGCUACAAAACAUUGGUGCAUAAUGUUGCAUAAUGUCAUAAAAAAUAACAUUUUAGUUACUAUUUUCCAUUUCACAGAAAUGUGCUGUAUUCAUCUAAAAAUGUUUCCUGUUUUAUUGCAUCACAUGCAAAGAAUCUGUCAUCAGUAUGUCUGAUGGGAGAUAAAAUACAUCAUUCCUGUCUUACGUGAAGCAUAAAUUAGACUUAUUAAGUACCUUUACUCUUCUUGUACGACAUAUUGUGAUAACUGAAGGAUAAUCCAUACAGUGUUCCUUAGAGAUGCAGGGGAUCCAAUUGAGGAGGUUUAUAUUUGCUCACACCUGGAUGCACAGAUGUCUCUUGUAUUCAAGAAUAUCACAUAAUUGCUGAUCACAGACCACAAUCGCUGUUGGCAUCGGAAUCAACACCACAAAAAAACCAAUCAAAAGUGGAUAGUUCUGGCACUUAUAUGUUUCUUGCUUGGGUUACAGGCUUUGAAAUAGUCCCAAAUACAAUGAGUGCUAGACACAACAAUCCCAAGAAAAAGAACACCAAGGAGCAGAGAAGUAGGUCAAGCAGUGGAACAAAAAAAACACAGAACAAACUGCUUGCCAGGGGAGGUGAAUGACUCUGAUGUCAUGGAGGUGGCGAAUCUGCUCUGGGUUUUAGUCCAGACUUCAAAGCAGCUGCCCAAGGUGCUGAAUCUGUUUGAGAGAUUGAGUAACUUGAGUAGCUUAUGUAAAGCAUAGACUAAAUCCCGGAGCGGAUUCAUGACCUCCAUGACAUUGGAGUCACUUGGCCAACACCGCCAUAACCCUCAUUACUUCCUUUUCUAGUCUUCUGUUUUCUAGAACAAGCUUUCCCUAACCUGUGCCUUUUAGAAGCAUUCAUUUUGGUUCAGCAGUGGUUAAGCUGGUUGGGGAUGAUGGCUACUGAGUUCAGUACAUGUAGAGGCCACUAGGUAAAUGGAUAGCUGACAUGGUUCAGCACACCACCCUCAACAUAUUGUACUCUUGCAGGAAUGAAUAUCUUUGGAGAAGAAGCAAAGAAAUGACCAAAGACUCUUAGAGGGCAAAUGGAUUUCAUGUUUUUUUUUCUGCUGCUGGACCCAGUUGGCAAGCAGAGAAGUAGGGAUUGUGGGUAUAUUUAUUUAUUUUUACAAGAUUUAUACCCCUAUCUUUUCCUUUUAAACAUACACCAAGCAGUGUGCAGUGCAUUAAUAUUUGAAAAUAUAGUAUUGUAAUAAAGACAGAAAUAAAAUAGCAAAACAGAGUAAGGGCUGCAAACGGUAGAGAUGUAAAACCCAUUGUUUGUUAAAAGCUCAGGAAACUGUAAGUGGACUCAGUCUGGUUUCUGUAUGAUGGGAAGGAUGGCCAGAAAAGCUUCCAGAGUUAAGAUGUCACCAUGGAAAAAAAAGCCUUCCCUUCUUUUAUUAUUGAUAAACGAUUAUGAUUUCAUUAUGGAAAGAUGAACUUGACUGGCAGUUCAUGUGAGAGAUGAUUGACCGUCAGGCAGAGUUUAUAAAUGUUUCAUUACUACUCCCAAAAUCCCGCAUGACACCGGCCAUGGCGACUGAAGAAAUUCUGGAACUUGUAGUGAAAAAGAAACUUUUUCAGGCUCUUGUGUUUAUGUUGACCCCGGGUUGGGUGGAAAACAGCGUUUAUUUCACUUGACUCCAUUUACCUUUGUCUGCCUAUGUGGGAAUGCAUUUAUUUAUUUAUUUAGAGGAGGGAACCAUAUAUAGGUUCUUCUGUGUUUAAAAAGAUUUCAGAUGCCAGUCAUUUACUUGACUAAAACUGGUGUCAUGCUGGUGCUUGUGGAUCAUGCAGCCGUUUCCCCCUCUCAACUCUGUGUUUCCCUCUCGAUCAGAUUUCAAGGCUGUACAGAAACUGUAAAAUGUGUUUUUCAAACUAUAGGAAUUCCAUCAGUGAAGUCAUCGCUUCAGAUUUUGGCCUCUUCUGGUGGUUUUUUAAAAAAAUUACUAUUGUUUAACUUUUUUCCUCCCAAAAUUGCCUGCAAUUUCUUAUUCUGACCUACUUUUUUGGCCAGAUGUGUAGAUCAUGAGAAAUCUUUCUGAUGGCACAGGAGUUACUCCUUGCUACUGCCAAGAAAUCACUCCAUUUCUACUGAGAAGACAAAUGCCCUCCCUCUGUAUGAAAAGAUAAUGAUUUACUUUAACAUUAUGUGGGUUCAUAUUUUAUUAUUAUUUAUAAUGACUUUAAGCAAACAGGCACAUUGUUUCCAGUAAUGCCACCUCACUACAGCUUGAGCCUAAAAGUGUUGCAUGCGUGCAUGCAAAUAUUCUUGGUUCAUGUGUGUUCAGUACAGCAUCCUUGCUAUCACUUUACCAUUAUACUUCCAAGAUUUUUUUUUAAUGGUCUUUACACCAACGCUGUACUCCAACUCCUAUUCCAAAUACUGUAUAUUGUCUCUUCAGACAUUGAUUGCAAUGGUCAAAAGCAAAGAAUGUAGUUCUUGCUGGCAUCCUGAAUUAUCCAAAUGCUCUGUUACUUACAAAAUAAAUGUAUGUUGGCAUCGUACCACUUUCAAAAGC